UUAUUUUUAUUUUUAUUUUUUAUUAUUAUUAUUAUUAUUUUUCAGUGGCAAGAGGGCUCAAUUUGUACCAAGCCCUCCGCCUACCUUUUUUCGUCACAUUUGAUAUCCUUUUUUCUUCGUCCUCUACAAGAAAAGGCAGACAUCGACAGCCAUUAUGAGCUAGCACAACCCAACGGCCUUUCGUGUGGAGAAGCUAAAUAUAGGACGAGGGUCGGAGGUUGUCAUUCCCUGUCUUGUUUUAGGGCUUUUGCCACUUUUACUUUGAGACAUCGGUUUCUCUCCAUUGGCACGCAAAAAGCCUGCGAUGAAAAGCCUCCCAGAGUCGAUAUGGCUUUCAGUGAGAGGCUUCAAUACGAUCAUCCCACGAUUGAUCGAGCCUGGCUGGGCCAUGUGAGAAUUUCCCGGACUAAUGAAAUCUUACGUCUUAUCGCAGCUGCAUUCCCAUUUUAUUUGGGGCUGGAAAAAAAUCAUUUCCUCCAUUUUGUUUUUCUUAUUUUACAUAACGCUGCAGUUCGAACUAUUACCUGGCCAGUCCAUUCGGCAUCAGAUUUCCGCACCCAGGCGUGCUGUUUGUUGCACGCCAAGCUGAAGUGAAGUAGCCUGUCACCGUUUGUGAUACCGGAAUCUUUUAGCUGCAGGGUGACAGUGGCACAUCUGGACAUCCUUUUCGCCGAAGUAUCCUGUUCCUGACUUGCAAAUCGAAAUGGGGAAUGCUUGAAAGUUUCGUGUGGCUCACUGCCGCUUGGUCCAGGUUUAAAAGCUGUAAGACAAGAGCUAAUUCCAGGCUUGUCUGAAUGUUGUGUUCUUGGGGUCUGGACCAUCGGCGGGCUUAGCGGGAAACUAAAUGUCCACUCGUUGCUGAUUGGCUUCGAUUGAGCCUCACCAAAACAUUAUGGUGCAGAUUAUUUCGACUCUACAUACACAGCUUGUCCGCAAGUAAUAUCGUUUUAAGUUGACUACCAGGACGAAUUAUUAUCGCAUUUUUGGCGGUUUUUUUUCAUCCUCCAUGAUAUUGAUAAUGGGUUAAUUGGAAAAUAUUUUGGAAGUGUCGUUCACGUUUCUUUGCGUCCAGUUGGUUCUUUCUUACUCCUAGAUAGCUGGUAUCUCACCGCUGGAGACUGUCAACAACCGAUCUAGGGUGCUCAUGUGUGCAUUCAAAAGGUUCUGGCGAGGGGGGAUAUACUUUCAUGUCUUGUUAAAUGGAGUUAAAUGGCUUGCAGUUCUCCUAAGAGUCCGCCAAAUCGGCUUCGUUGUGUUACUAUUCAGCUAUAGCUACCAGCUUCAAGGGCCUAUUUUUCUAUCCCCUGGGAUAUACAUAUCUUCAUCUAUCCCAGUCUCCACCGCAAUGUGUUGCACGUUCGUUUCUGAUUUGCGAAUCUUAGGCGAGUAUCCUGCUACUCCAAAGCAAACCGAUUUUGAAUUCUCAUAUCCUUAGCCCUGCCAAUUCCCGUGGGCCUGGGUCAGUUUUUGUUUGUAUCCGGAGCUGACCAGCCACGCUGGUUUUUCCACUCAGCUUGCAAUCAAGGAUAGAUUUGCCAUGCCGGAAGUGCACACUCGUCGCCUGGCCUGAACGCCAUUUGUCGCUUGGCUGCUUCUCUAAGGAAUUUUGUGUGAAGUUGACACGAUCAAGCCCUGACCGAACCCCAAUUCUAUUUUAAAUAUAGACACCACUUAUUCUGCACAACCUUAACGCCAUCGGCUCGUGGGAAUGGUCAAGUGUUACCACAUUCAUGUACAAGGAAAAGGGGCCGGAACAUUCAGCAGGGUGAGAACAGAAACUGAGAUUCUCGCCACACAGUCUGCCUUCGCCAGCAUAUCAGCCACGAGGCGACAGGCGAGACACUCGCUGUGCGUUAUCGUGGAUGCGCCAGGGCGUUUUCCAAUUCGACGAAGUGAGGCUCUACUGACCCUGAAGUAUGAUCGUGAAGGAGGGGUUGCAAGGACGAGACGAACCAACCAACAACGUCCAGCACUUCAUCGGGGGGCAUGAUGAAGGGGAUAGAGGAAUGCAGGCCUCAGAAAACGCAUAAAUAGACCUCCCCUUCCCAUCCAAAUUUCCUUUUUUCUUCUCUUCUCAUCAUCAUCAAGGCAUCAAAAGGAUAUCUCAAGACUUACUUGCAAUCAGUAUCAAAUCUUCAAAACGUUUUUAAGAAUCUCAUUCUUAAUCAAACACCCCCAAACCACAAAAAUGCAGCUCACCAACUUCGUCGCCAUCGUCGCUCUGCUCGCCACCAGCGUUGCUGCCACCCCCGGCCGUCGCCCAUCGCGCCCAGCACGUCCAACACGCCCCGAUGGCCCAGUCUUCCAGAGAAUCUCCUGCUCUUCGGGCGGACCCUUCUGCUGCGCCCCUGAAAGCACCCUCGGAACUACUUGCACUGCUAUGGAAGGCAGCUCUGUCAGCUGCAACAGUCUGAUUGUCUGCUGCAACAACAACGAAGGAAUCCAAUCCUGCUCUGCCAACUUGCAGCAGCCGGUAACCUUCAUCGAUGUCUAAAUGCAAUCACACUAUGGUCGCAGCGUUUGACAAGUCACUUUUCUCCUGAGAUCCACAGGAUACGCGGUCGAACGGUGUCAAUUACUUUUUCUCGCCCUUUGGGAGAAGAGCCAUAGAGUGUCGUGGUCAGGUUGCUAGGCCGUUCUCCUUUCCUCAGCUACCCAUAGCUUCUACCUCUUCACUAUGCGCGCGACGAAGGCUUGUGCUUGCGGAUGAGUGGUGGACUGAACCGGGGACGGGAUGGAACAGGGAAGGGGGAGGUUUAAUUAAUGGUGGAUAAUCUCCGAGUUGUUUCCUACUGUCGCUCCUUACCUCUUUUUUUUUUUUUUUUUUUUUUUUUUUUUUUUUUCCUUUUGUCUUUU